UGAUCAUUCCGUGUUUGUGGGACUGUGACACGUAAGUGUGUCUGUCUCAUCUGCGUGACCAGGCAGGACACCUCCACCUGGGACAGGGAGAACAGAGAGAGGACUUUACUGACCCCUCUGUCCCCCAACCAAAACCGGUUUAUAUCUGAACAUAUUCAGCAUGGAGGCGGGAGACGCGACUGCAGGAGCUCUUGUAGGCAAUGAUGGAGAAGGACAGAAGGAAGAAACUGCAAAGAAGGACACAGCUCCUAAAAAAGAUGAACCCCGGGGCAAAAGUGGGUUUGAGAAGAUCUUUGGGUUCAGGAAGGAGGACCUGACCUCCUGGAAUAGUCUAGUGACGCUUCUGAACCGCCCCACUGACCCUGCAUCCCUGGGCAUCUUCCGCUGCUUGUUUGGUUUGCUGAUGGCCAUCGAUGUCACACAGGAACGUGGUCUCAGUCACCUGGACUAUAAGUACCUGGAUGGAGCCCCUGUGUGUCGCUUCCCCCUUUUCAAUUUCUUACAGCCACUGCCCCUUGAUUGGAUGUAUCUGGUGUAUGUGGUGAUGUUCCUCGGAGCCGUGGGCAUCAUGCUUGGCUGUCUCUACCGCCUCUCCUGCCUCAUGUUCAUCUCCACGUACUGGUACAUUUUCUUUUUGGACAAAACAACUUGGAACAAUCACUCGUACCUCUACGGCCUCAUUGGAUUUCAGCUCACACUUAUGAACGGCAACAGAUACUGGUCAAUCGAUGGAUUGCGGAGGCCCUCCAUUAAGAAUGCUCAUGUGCCUCUGUGGAAUUACACGCUGUUGAGGAUGCAGAUAUUUAUUGUAUACUUCAUCGCUGGAGUCAAAAAGCUGGAUACUGAUUGGGUGGAAGGAUACUCCAUGUCAUACUUGGCACACCAUUGGCUGUUUGAUCCUUUUAAAGUGAUCCUUCCUGUGGAGUUAGUUAAUCUGCUGGUGGUGCACGGAGGGGGUCUCAUUCUGGAUCUUAGCGCCGGGUACCUGCUGUUUUUUGAUGUCACAAGACCUUUUGGAAUUUUCUUUGUCUCCUACUUCCACUGCAUGAACUCUCAGCUCUUCAGCAUCGGGAUGUUUUCAUACACAAUGCUGGCCACAAGUCCCCUCUUUUGCUACACCGACUGGCCAAGGAGAUUCUUCGCCCGCUUCCCAGAAUUCCUCAGGGCAGUCCUGCCACUCACCUCGGACCCAGUGGACAUUCAGCCAAGCACUUCCUGUGUUUACAGUGAAGUCCAAAGCACAAACACCGAGCGCCAGGAGACCCCACCUGUCGCCAAAGCCGGCAAACUAAGACUGAAGCACAAGCUGGGAGCCAUUUUUACUGUUCUCUACAUAGUGGAACAGCUCUUCCUGCCGUACUCACACUUCAUCACACAGGGUUACAACAACUGGACCAAUGGCUUGUAUGGCUACUCUUGGGACAUGAUGAUUCACUCCCGCAGCCAUCAGCAUGUCAAGAUCACCUACAAAGAUGGAAAAACUGGAGAAAUUGGAUAUUUGAACCCAGGGGUGUUCACGCAAAGCCGUCGCUGGAAAGACCACGGGGACAUGCUGAAGCAGUACGCUACGUGCCUCGACCAGUUCCUGCCCCGCUAUAAUAUCACCGAUCCUGAAAUCUACUUUGACAUCUGGGUGUCGAUUAAUGAACGCUUUCAGCAAAGGAUCUUUGACCCCCGCGUUGACGUUGUAAAGGCCGAUUGGUCUCCUUUCCGACCAAACGCAUGGUUGAUGCCUCUACUGGUGGACCUCUCUCCCUGGAGGACAAAGUUCCAGGAGAUUGAGGGCAGUUUGGACAAUCAGACAGAGAUCGUCUUUAUUGCUGAUUUCCCAGGUCUCCAUUUAGAGAACUUCGUUAGUGAAGAUCUGGGCAACACCAGCAUCCAAGUACUGCAGGGCACAGUGAACGUGGAGGUGGUGGAGGAAAAGAAGAACUACACCCUGCAGCCUGGGGAGCAGAUAAAGGUGCCGGCAGGAGCUUACCAUAAAGUGUACACAGUGUCUGAAGAGGCCUCUUGCUACAUGUACAUCUACGUCAACACCACAGAGGCGGCGCUGCAGGAGAACUUCACCAAGCUGUUUGAGAUCCAGGAGCGUGUUCGCAACGGAACAGAAACUGAGCCCCUUCCUCCCGAGCUGCAGCCCCUUAUUGCUGCAGACAAUGACGACGGGGCGGAGGUGAACGCCACCGACCCAAUUGUACAGCUGUUCCUGAAGAGACAGCGCCGCAUGAAGGAAGUGAAGAAACGCAGAGAGGCCGGCAUUCUGCAGCGAAUUGAGCGCUUCGCAGUGAAAAAAUACUACACAAUACGGCGGGGAUUCUUGAUGACAGCCAUCGCUAUGAGGAACCUAGCAGUGGGUCUUCCUCCUCUUGAUCAGCUGACGAGAGAAAUUGAGUUCGCCAACUUAAAAGAGCCGCAGGCAGAUGGCAGCCAGGAAGACCGUCUGAAAGAUGAAGUCGGCCACGGAGAACUUUAAAGUUGCGCUGGGAUCAAACGCACUCGGCUAAAUUGGCUGCAUGUGCUGGAUCACACACUCGCAUGUGUGUUGGUACUACUGGACUGUUACUGAGGCGACCUGGCCCAGAAAUCAAAGGAUUUUUAAUUUUCUAAGCUUCAGAAGCAUUUGGCAUUUCAGAUUCUUUCCAAGUGAAAAGACAGUAUUUUUUUUUUUUUUUUUUAAAGUGUUUGUUAAUGAAUCUGAAUCUCUGCAGAGCACAUGUUUCUGUUGAUGCUGCAGCACACCGAGAAUAAUUGAUUAAACUUGAUUUAAUGUUUUUUAAGUUUUGAAUGUGGAAUGAAGUGUUUCACACAAAGGUCUUAUAAAAGGGAAAGAUUGUUUGCAAAUGAUCUGACUUGAUGAACUGACUGGCACUAUCCUGCUGCCUUUAUAUUUCCACAGCGCUAACUUUCUAAUCAUACAGAAGAAUAUGUGGAGCUUUUUCUGUUUUUGCAAGAAUUCUCUGAACUUCUAUGCGAACCCUGUAAUGUGAGAAGCCUAACAAACUGUUUUUAGCUUGUCAAUCGAUGCGAUUUUUGUAGUCCCUUUUUUAAUAAAGCGAUCAUGUUUGAAUACA